AUGAAGUGGUAUCAGCUUGGUAUACCAUUUGUGGCCGUUUUUGGCCUGGCCCUGGCCGGUGCUCCCUAUGAGUGGAACUCAUUCAUCAAAGAAGUGGAGACGAGUGUGAAUGAGGUCUCACACGGGAAGGCUAUGCUCGAGACCGACAUCGGACUCCAUCCCGAGCGUCGCGACCAACACAAAGAGCUUUGCAACCAAUUGAUUGACCAGAUUAUUGAUGUUCAGGACAAACUUGACGACGAGUACCAAUACCGCGAUCAGUUGACUGAGGCUCAGAAGACCACUUUGACCAACUAUAUCAACCUCACCGAUAAGACACACAAACAGUUGUCGGAUAUCCUUAAAAAUAUCUAAAUUGUUUAAUCUUAAUAACAAUUAACUUAUGUUUCUAAUUAAAUAAAUUUAACAACAAUAAAUUUAUUGUUGUUAUUAAUCAUCUAUUUGUUUUAAUUGUUUAAUGCGAUUUUAAUAAAAUAUUGAAAUUGUUUAAAUA